UGACGUUUGCGAAUACAGACUGUUUCGGUGAACAAGAUGCGUGGUUGUGUGCUAAGGAAAAGGCGGGAAAAAUGCUUGACAGUUGGGACAAGGAAGUUGACAAACAGAGGAGCUUGUGGCGAGAUGCUGCGGACGCAGAAGUCAGGUCAUCGGGAAGGUCAUUGGAAGAAAUGCCAUCAGUCCUGGGGAAAGAGAUAGAAGAGUCAGUCCUUUCUCUGUCUGAAAUGGUUCAAACUGGAAUGGCAAGAGCUCUGUAUAAGAAGACUGAGAGUGAGAAGAAGAUAAUCAAAAAACCGUCACAACCAAUCAAGCCCUUAAAACAAGCAGACGAUAAAGGUCCCAAAGUCCAGUCAUGGGUAAUAGGUCCCACUGAGCACGUAGAAAGUAGAGGGAUUAUUGGUGAUAUGUGGAAAAUUGGGGAGAAUGCCAUUGAUGCUGUUGCAGAGUCUGUGAUGGAGAGCGAAGAUAAAGAUAAUGGAUUGGCUGAUAAAAGCUCUGUAGAAGAGCAGAGAGGCAAGAAGAAGAAGAAGAAGAAGGCGAUCUUGAAGCUCCUCCUUCUUGGGGCAGUCCUCAAGGCGAAAAUUGGGACUCUACUACAAAUACUGUCAUUCAAACUACAGGUGAAAUUCUUCAUAAUAGCUGUGAUCGGAUUGGCCAUUAAUCUGGCCAGGUUCUGGAUUGAGCUCAAACACAAACACCAACCACCACAGAAGGUAAUCUACUACGAGCAUGCUCAGCAUCAACAUCAUUAUGACCACGAAGAGGAACCAGCCUGGGGACCCUGGUCUAGGAGUAUGGAGCCAGAGCAGGAAGCCACUGAUGCAGAUUACGACAACUCACCGUACAAAGCUCAGGAAAACACGCAUUUGUUCCCGAACAAACCUCUUUUAACACUAUCAUAGAUCAUAGACAUGUUGACAUAGAAGAUAUAUUUAACGAAAAUAUUAAAUUAUUCAUUUAUUCUAUGCGAUUAUAUUAAUUUAAAUAAAAACGUAAUAGAAAUACUAUGAGUGUAUUAUGUACACUUAUGGUAUUCAUUUUUUUUUAUUCAAAAUACGAUUUACAAUCACUUUUUGAACCACCCCCAGUCGAAAUGAGUAGUGUGCCUAAAAUCUGCGAAGAACGGGCACAAGAAAUUCAGUGGGAUUCUUUUUUUUUCAAUUAAAUAUCAUUUCCUGAUUUGAAUCAUUCCCAAUCUGUAGUAUCAUUAAGAAAGUCAUUUAUGUUAUAGUAGACUUUACCGCACAAUCGUUUUUUGACAAUUCUUCGACAGUUAUAGUUGCAGAAAACUUUAAGAAUAGCUCGAAGCUAUUCUGGCAUUGAAAACCACAAAACCAUUGCCUGUUUAAAACUAUAUAAGUUAACACUGUAUGUUUAUUGUUUAUUUAUUAUGAACUAAGUCAAAAAAAGCGUUUUUUUUGUAAAUAUAUUAGUUUAAUUAUUUAUUUUAGAUAGUAAAAUGUUAUUUAUUUUAGUUUUAAGAGUCUAAGUCCUUUAUGCAAUGAUUUAUUUAAGUUAAUAGUCCUCUAUUGCUAUUGUAAGCUAUUGUGCAAAAGGGACUCUCUUUUCCUUAUUCCUGUCGUUUGCAAUGGAGAUUUGUCCUAUUCCGCAAUAAAAAUACAAGAAUCACAGGGCUUACUUACAAAUAACAAAUAUUAUGUACAAAAUAUCUUCAGUUAAAGUAGAAAUACAAAAUAUGUUUCAGUGGGAUAGAAACCAACUGUAUACACCUAAAUUAUAAUAUAUGUUUUGAAGUGAAACUUCUUUAUCGAUGUAUGCGAGGCAUUUUAUAGAAAAUCGUCACGAUUUUCGGUUACGCGCCAUGUUGCUUUUCUUUUAAGUGUCACAGUACUGACUGACAACUCUGACAUUUAAAGUUUAUUAAUUAAAAACGUUUUUACGUACGUAAAAUUGGAGGAGGUCUUGCCAACAAUAGGCAAACAGUUGCCUGUUUGCCUAUUGUUGUGGUUGUUGAGGGAGUUUAAAUUUCAUUUUAAAUAUAAAUAUUCUCGGUUAAGUAAAACAAUUUGUAUAACUUGUCCGAAUAAAGGCUUAUAUUAUUAUUAUUAUAAUUAAAUACGUCGAGAUAGACUGUUGCAACUGUGAAAACGUCAAAAAAUUGAGGUUGACAGUUAACCUCUAUUUUAAGCACACUAACACAAAGUGACAAACAAACCACUAGUGUAAGACGUAGCUUGUCACACAUAACAAAGUAAUAAACCUGGCCUGAUUUCAUCAAUUGUCUAGCAGCAAGAGGCUCUAUCUAGACCAUAGUUUCUGAACCUUAUUUUGCUCACCGCCCACUUUGAGAAUAUGUUUUUUUCUGGAGUAUUUUAUGCCUUUUUAGACUAUAUUUUUUAAUCUACCCACGCCCCAUUUGCGCCAUCUCAAUGCCCCCUAAUUUUCUCUGGUUCUUCAACUGCCCCCCCGAAAGUCUCAAACGCCCACAAGGGGGCGUUAUCGCCCACGUUGAGAACCUAUGAUCUAGACGUAUAAAUUAUAUAAGUACUCAGGAAUUUUAUUUUAACAGGAUUUUUUUUUAAAUUCUCAGCCCCAUACCUAUUAUUAUUGUUCAAUUAGUUGUUAAUAGGUCUUACAUAGUUUAUUUAAAUUUUAAUUAAGAACAUGCCAAUCUUUAUUGCAUGGUACAAUGCUUUAUUAAACUUUAUUAUUAAGGAGACAUUUUGUUUUAAUAAUGUACUACCACAAGGUUAAAGAAGAAACAUGCUCAUAUGUAUUUAUAAUUUAAUCAAAAGAUGUUUAUAAAAAAUAUUUAUAAAAUGCUCAAUAAAUGUUACUACAAUAUGAAAA